CCGGGACACCCUUUUAUCAUGGUACCUUGGCUGAUCUUGUCCAGUAUUGCGGUAAGCACCGAACUUGACCCGACGGCUCCGCUUGUUCCUAAAUGUGCAAGGCUAUCGCGACCUUCCUUAUCCUAUCAGUACCCCCUCCCGGCAGCAGACACGAAGAUCUCAAGCAAAGCAUCACUCAGCUAUCCCGCCGAUAAUGUCGACGAUCAGUUCAUCCUCACCCCCAAUUUAACCCUCCCUCCGGCGUUUGGAUCUGCGUAUGUGGGUGAGACGUUUGCAUGCACUCUCAGUGCCAACAAUGAGUUGCCAGACGAGGAGACGUCGCGUGUCGUCACAUCGGUUCGUAUAGUGGCAGAGAUGCAAACACCAUCACAGGUAGCGGCAUUAGACCUAGAACCGGCCGAAGACACGGCUUCGAAGGACGGGGUGCAGAAGGGCCAUUCACUACAAAAAAUAGUACGGUUUGAUCUCAAGGAGGAAGGGAAUCACAUCCUGGCGGUUAGCGUCAGCUACACGGAGACAUUGAUUGGGUCGGACGCGCAAGCAGCCAGCGGGCGUGUGAGAACCUUCCGCAAGCUUUAUCAGUUCGUGGCACAGCCCUGUUUGAGUGUUCGAACCAAAUCUUCAGAGCUGGCGCCCCUGGAAGUCGAGAACAAGUCACUCGGACCAUAUGGCAAGACCCGGCUGCUCCGGUUUGCUCUGGAAGCGCAACUAGAGAACGUAGGCGAUGGUCCUGUGGUGGUCAAGCAAACGAGGCUCAACCCGAAACCGCCAUUCAAGGCCGUAUCUCUCAAUUGGGAUCUACAAGGACCGGAUCAAGCGGAUCCGCGGCCACCGACUCUACAUCCGCGGGAUGUCUUGCAGGUUGCAUUCCUCGUCGAGCAAGAAGAGGGCCAACAGGAAGGGCUGGAGACCCUGCAGAAGGACAUGAAACGCGACGGACGCGCCGUGCUGGGCCAGCUGUCGAUUGAGUGGAGAGGCGCGAUGGGCGACAAAGGAUUCCUAACGACAGGUAAUUUGAUGACGCGAAGACGGGCAUGAGACAGACCAAUCGGACGUAAUAUUUCCUGCUUACUGUCUCUCUGCUGUGUACCUGAACUGCAGCGGGCUUUUCUUGGCCUUUGACCCCCCUUGUGUAACAACAACAGACACACAUUCCAGACACUGCAGCCAACGAUGCCAGCGCAGAUCCCGACGAACCCUCCAGCUCCGUGUGUGGCAGUCUGAAGACUCACAAGCUCACCGGUGAUUUUCCUCAACCAAUCACCGACUCCACGGAGGCAUGCAUCAGCACACAAGAUGAAUGGAUGAGACGGGAGCCAAGCGGAUGUUGCACGGAUGCGAACCUUCUCAGGGCAGCCAAUCCCAAUCCCCUAGCUUACGACACUUUGCGUGGUGGUUACACACGUUUAACGGGGACAAAGAAAAACGACGAGACUAACAUCAUAUGUUCGGGGGCUUAUCUGAGGGAGUCUAGUACUAGUCUAGGGGUGUACAGAAGAAACAAAAAAAA